CGACCGCCCUUCCAUCCGCCCUCCACGGCAGAGAUGGGUUUCUUCGGAGGCAAGAAGAAACAGCCGCCGGCGCCGGUGUCGUUCCCGAGCGCGACGCCCAUGGGCGCGGCGCCGGUUCCUCCACCCCCCGCGAAGCCGGCGUCGCCACGGGAAUCCCGCGCCCCCUUCGGCCAACGACCGCCGAAUGAAGCGCCGUCGCCCGCAGAGAACUCGAGCCCUAAGGAGAUCAGCCCCGCGACGUCACCCGUGAGGUCCCCGCGAAGAUCCCGACGCGUUGAGCGCGAGCACGAGAACGUCUCCCCGCGCGGUCGACCGGUCACGGAGGCGAACGGCGAGUUCGAUUCCGGGUUGGAGCGCACGAGCUCGCUGUCCCGAGCGAGGUCGCGAAAGCCCUCGGCCGCGGACACGAGCUACGAAGACCGAGCGGAGCUGCGACGCAAGAUGGACGAAGCCGACCGCCUGCUGAUGGAGCAGCACGAGAAAGCCGCGCUCCUGGCGACGAUGGAAGAGUCCCUUCGUAAGGUCCAGACGAUGCUUCGCGUGGAGCAAGACGCGCGGAGGGUCGCGGAGCUCCAAGCGGACGAGGAGAGAAAAGCGCGGUACAAAGCCGAGGCGGACGCGCGGCGGGAGAUCGAGACGCGUCACGGCGUCGAGAAACGCGUCGCCACGGCGCAAAAGCUCACCGCGGAGGCGGAGGAACGCGCGCGAAGCGGGACGAACCGGUGGAUGUCCGAGACGCAGGCGAAGCUCGAGACCGACAUCGCGGCGUUGAAGCGAGAGCUGAACGCGGUGAAAGCGGAGCGAGACGCGAGGAAGAAGCGUGAGGACGUCGCGGAGAAGGCGAUUCCCGAGCGCGAAGACGUCGCGGAUGAAGUUCGAAGGCAACACACGGAUCGCCGAAUCAAAGAAGAGCUCCAGCUCGGGCUCGCGAAGCACCAGCGCGAGAUGUCCAUGGCGCUCGCCGCGGCCGCGGAGGAGAAGGUGAAAGCCCUCGAGGCGGCGACGGCGAGGCACCGCGUGGAGAUGACGCGCCAGGCGGAGCAACACGCGGAUGACUUGAAACGCGCGGAGGAGAGGAAAGAGCACGCCGUCGAGGAAGCGCGCGCGGAGCUCGCGCCUCGCCUCGAAGAGUUCGAAAAGCUCGUGCAGUCGAAGGACGACGACCGCGAGAACUUCGCGAGGCUGCGCACGGAAGCGGUGAACGAGGCUGGGAUCGAGUACGAAGCGACGGUGAGAAAGUUGAAGGACUCGCACGAGGACGAGCUCGCGGCGUUGAAGGAGACGCACGAGACGCUCGUGAACGCGCUGAGAGACGAGAGAAAGGGCGAGGAGGAUAAGCUUCGGAGCUUGAUCGGCGCGCUGAGCGCGGACUUGAGAGCCGCGGAGGAGGCGAUCGAGGCGGAGCGAACGCUCAGGCAGAACGCGGAGAGGCUGAGCGCGUCGGACAUGGAGGCGCGACGCGUCGCGGAGACGGAACGCGCGCGCGAGCAACGGUUCCGACAGAUGGCCGAGGACCUCGUCGCGGAGUCGCAGCGCGCGAGAGACGCGGCGGAGAGAAGGACGAAGGAACAGUACCUCGAGAUCGAGCGCGCGAAGCACGCGUACGCGAAGAGGAAGGAGCAGCACGGGAAGUUGAGCCGGCCGCCGUCCGCGGCGACGGCGGAGGGCGACGCGAGGAGAGACGAGGCGAUCGCGGCGCUGCCGAAAGCGUUGGGCCUCGAGCUCACGGACAAGCGCGAGGAGCACGUCGCGGAGUGCAGGGCGAAGCUGAACGACGCGACGUCGCACUACAAAGCCUCGAUCGCGGAUCUGAAGCGCGCGAAGGAGGAGGCUGCGGAGUCGCACGUCUUGGGGUCGCUCGCGACGCGGUCGAAGCAAAAACGCGAGGACCUCGCCGCGGCGGCGGACGCGUUCGGAAGAGCGCUCGACGACUGGGCGAGGCAGAAGGAGAAGGAGCUGCAGAAGAUCAAGGACGAGAAGUCCACGGUGGGCUCCGCGCUGAACGACCACGAGUCGCCGUCGUCCAAUUCCAGGAGUCGGAUCGAGUACGACGACUAG